AUGGCCUGCGGCAGCAGCACCCUCUGGGCAAGCAUAUCUGGAAUGGAGCCGCUGCGGCAGGUUCUGCAAAAGGCGAAAGCUGUUGCGCUGUACUGUUCGGGGCCCCUGUGGGCACUGAAGCAUUUUGUCACCACAGGCUGGACAGAUGCGGAGACCGAGUGCAGCCAGGAGGCUCCAGGUGGAGCCCGCUUUGCGGGUCUCAUCAAUCAAGGCCUCACCUGCUACCUCAACGCCCUCCUGCAGUGUCUCUUUCUGACACCUGAAUUCCGAGACAGGAUCCAGGAGAAGCCUUGGACCUCCGAGCCCGAGCAGGCUCUUGGCCAGAUCUUCAGGGGGCUGCAGAGGCGGUGUGGUCCUGUGCCAACGAGUGCCCUCACCACCUGCCUGGGUCUGCACAGCUCCGUCCAGCAGGACGUGGCUGAGGUGUUUCUGCUUCUGCUCCAGCACCUGGGCCGGGAUGAAUUGCAGGAGGUGUUCCAGAGUGAGGUGGAGAAAAUCAUCCAGUGCUUGGUGUGCGGCCACAAGGAGCACAUCCCAUCCGGAGGCAGGAUGCUGAUCCUGCCCCUGGCUUCCCACACCCAGCUCUGUGGCUUGGAGGGGGCCGGGCAGAAACCUGGCAAGCCAGCCAAUCCGUCUAGUGGAGUUUCCCAGGAGACACGCUUCCUGCGGCUCCCGAAGGUCCUGAUUCUGCAAGUCAGGGAGCUGACAUUUGAAAACGGGAGGUUUCACAAAAUUCAGAAGCCUAUCAACAUUGCCCAGGUGCUGAAACUGCACACCAGCCCCAGAGAGCUGACAUUGCCUAAGUGUAAAGCUUCCCACAGUGGCACACUCACCCCCAACCCGGAGCAGAGGGUCUACCACCUCUACGCCAUGUGCUGCCACUCGGGAGACUGCAGCGGGGGCCACUACACAGCCCUGGCCCAGCCCCCCGGCAGGGCGGAGUGGUUCCGCUUCAAUGACCAGCAGGUGCACUGUGUGGGGCCGGAAUUCCCUCUGCACCACACGUUCAGGUCUGAGACCCCGUACCUACUGUUGUAUCGCUGUCAGGACACUGAAGACAGGAGGGACAUGGAGCCUGGCCUUGGGGACAAGGGCAGAGCCUCAGAGCACGUGGAUGAGGAGGGCCCUAAAGCACCUCCACCAGGGGAGCAGGGGGAGGCCCGAGGCCUGCCCUGCGGCCCCCAGUGUAGCCCCGAAGAGGAACUCCCUGCCGUGGGAAUGAGGAGCUCGGCAGCUGAAGACCAAGCCCUGUCCCACCCUGUGCAGGGCCCGGCACAGCCUGGAAAAACACGCCUCAGGAGCAAAGAUGGAGGAGCAGAGGCUGCCAGAGGAGGAGUCCGGCUCCUCGGAGACAGAGAAGCAGAAGUCAUGGCCACCAGAGAAAGAGGAGUGGAGGUUGCCAAAGAAGGGGGCCACCUCCUCAGAGACGGAGGAUUGGAGGCUGUGGCCUCCAAAGAAGGAGGAGGGGAGGCCGAGUGGAGGCCAUGGCCACCAGAGAAGGAGGAGAGGAGGCCGUGGCCACCAGAGAAGGAGGAGCAGAGGCCAUGGCCACCAGAGAAGGAAGAGGGGAGGCUGUGGCCACCAGAGAAGGAGGAGUGGAGGCCAUGGCCACCAGAGAAGGCUGCCCCUCAGAGAUGGAGGAGGGGAGGUGCCAGGCUUCAAGGCCCCCAGGAAGAGACACCCCAAGCAGCCCAGUUGGAUGCCCUCUCUGGGGUCCUGAGUCAACUCAGACCUGGACCUCCACACAUCCAGCCUCCUCCACAUGGGGUGGCCAGAAUCAUGCCCUCCCUGUCACCCACAGCCCCUGCACCAUCUUGCCCUGUGCACACUGUGACAGCCUCUGCCCACUUCUGUGCACCCCAGAGCAGAGGCCUGGAGGCUUGA